AAUUUUAAGCUAAACAUAGCAUAUAUUAUACAUUAGUAGUUUAUUCAUUUCAUUCGAAUAAACACAUAAAACGGUAUGAUGAAAUUAAGUACCAAAAACAUUGUUGUAUUUUUAGUUAUAAUAGUUUCUAGUUAUUCUUCUGCGGAUAUUUUAAAUUCAGACCUAAAAUCUCAUAAAUCAAAUACUCAUUAUGACAUUACAGUGAUUGCCAAGUUAAGGAAAAUAUCGGAAGCGAGAUAUUAUUGCCAUAAUCCAAGAGAUAGGAGUUACCCAGAUUUUUAUAAUCACCAUUACAAAAAUGAAAGUUUUUGGAAUGAUAUUUGUUAUGAAGUCAAAAUUCAUUUAAGAAAAAAUGCUAUUGGUUUACCAAUAACAUACGAUGGAGCAAUUUUGAAGUUGGGAAAUAGAAAUCUCGAGUUUAUUGCCAAUGACCAUUCUUACUUCAUGUAUGUAGGUAAUGACAAAAUGUCCAAUUGGGAGUAUGUCCGUGGGGAAAUUGAAAUGGUCUAUGACGAUGUGUACGGUCGGCACUCCUACGAAUACAACCAUACACAAAUGGCGCAGCAUAUUAUGUCUUCCUCGUUGAGAACUGAUUACGAAUAUUUAACACUUCGUAAUGUUAACUCUGAGUCAUUCAACAUAAACUGGACAUCAAAUCAUAUGGUUCAAGGAUGUGUAUCAAUAUCUUACGUGUUAAAAGACAUAAAUUCCUGUUCAAUGACAAUGGAUAUUAUUAGAAAAAAUGAUUCGAAUCCAAUUGCUUCACAUACUUUUGUACAGACGGAGAAUUUACAAACAUUAGUUUUACGUUUAAAUGAAUCAUUUUGGAAAAAUGUAGAAUACGAAUUGCGAUUGAAUUUAUACACUAAUUAUAAUAAAGAAAAUUGUAUUGGAUUGAAGAGAAUAGCACAAUGUCCCGAAUCAAACGAUUAUGAAGAGGUGUAUUCUGUUUUUCCGUUGCAAAAAUUUCCAUCAGAAGUCAAGGUUUACGCAGCUUUUGAAUAUUUUAGUAAUCGCUACGACGUUGAAAUGAUGUCGAAAACAGAAACCUGUAGUAAUGGGGGAUUAUAUAGAAAUUACGACUGUGUUUGCCCACCUGGUUUUAAAGGAGAUAAUUGCACAUAUGCGUGUGGUCCAAAUAAAUACGGCGACGAUUGUUUCGGGUUGUGUUCAAUGAAGACAGAAUUUUGCAAAGGAAUGAUAAUGUGUACUAAAGAUUUCAACUGUCAGUGUUCCACUGGAUACUCAGGAAAACUAUGUGAAGAUGAAUGUCUAUCAGGAUAUUAUGGGUUUGGCUGUAAGCAAAAGUGUUCUGAAAAUUGCAUUUCUGACCAGUGUAAUAUAUUCUCGGGCGUUUGUACUAAAGGAUGUGAAAAUGGCUUUAUGAUGCCUAACUGUUUAGAAAAGUAUCCAUGGUUUAAUGUUGCUCCCAAAUUAGUGUCUUCUGAUACACAUUCUAUGGUUUUGAGUCUAGACUUAUCUCGUAGCAAUAUUAAUGGAUUGAAAACAUACUACAGUAACGACGCUAUGUACUACCAAAUAAUGUAUAAGUCUCACUUGAAUGAAACAGAUUUUCAAUAUACAGAUAUAAAAAACGUUAAAUUGAGAGAUUUAUAUCAAACGAAAAUCACGGAAGUCAUCGAUGGAUUAAAAGUGGCGACCACUUAUACAGUUGGUGCUAUAUUUAUUUCAAAAGACGGAAAUUUUAAUGAAGAAGAUGUUAUAAAAGCUCAGUACAGUACAACGUGUGACGAAUCUAACAACAUUACAUAUGAGCUGAAAUUAUCCAAUGAUGAUCCAUAUACUAUUACCGCUACUUGGAAAAAGCAACAUUUGAGAAGUGAAAACGAAUGCAAAAUCGACUACUACCAAUUAACGUUAAUGUUGAAUCAAAGUGUGGUGUCUGAAAACAAAAUAAAUGGAGAUUCGAAUAGUUUUAAUUUCACGAAUCUGAUACCUGGGUAUCUUUACACUGUCCAAAUAAAAGCGCAUUCAGCUAACUCGUUAACUCAGUUGAUAGAAGUGAAUCAAAUCGUCACUAAGCCACAUGGCGUCGUUUCGCUGAGAAAUAUCAAUGGCCAAAUAGACAAUGUCAAUAAAAGUAUUCGGUUGACUUGGGAACUAGUUGAUCCUUUAAUGAGAGUACCAUUGACUUACGUCAUUAAAUACAGAGUAAACAGAUAUCUCAGUUGUUCUCGGCACGUUGUCGAAAGUAAUUGGACGAGUGUUAACGUUUACGAUCGAAUGGAAUACGACAUAUUGGACCUAAUACCGAACACACAGUAUAUAAUAAACGUCGAGUCCAGCACAUCCGGUACAGAAUCAUACGAGAAUUCAAUUUUCAUUGUAACACCAUCUUCGAUACCGAGUUUAGCACCCGUCAUGGACGAAAAUCAUCCUUUGUAUCUGACAAAUCAAACGGCGACGAUUAGUUGGACGUUCGAUAAAAAUGAAUGCAUUAAGCUUAACGGAUUUUUUUCGGGAUAUCAUUUAGUGCUGAAGAAUUUAAAAGACGGUACACAAAGUUUGAACCACACAAAGAAGAGUACGGUCGAGUACGUCGACCUUAAUCCGGACACAAAUUACGAGAUUCGGGUUUAUAUUAAAACCAACAAUGGUUUUAAUCCAGACUGCAUGCUGUUCAUACCGUUCAUAACCAAAUCCAAAUUUUUAGCAGCCGUAGACGAUUUAACUGUUUACAAAAAAGAUUCAAAACAAAGAACAAUAUCUCUUCGUUGGAGAUACCAAGACAACACUGAGGUUCAAGGUUUUAUAAUCACGAUCACCAAAGACGCAAUUCCAUCAACUUUAAAGGAAAUUCGAGCCGACAAAGACAAAUGUACGGGUUGGCCAAAUUAUUACUGCGCGACCAUUUCAAAUUUAAUGCCAAAGGACCAAUACACUUUCAAGAUUAGAGCCAAAUCACAUGAUUAUCCAGAAGGAGGGUUGCCAGCGUCUGUGAGCUGUAACUUCAUAGAUGGAUUUUCAGACGAGCCUGGUAACUUAAGAGCCACACUUAUCGGCUCAAACAACAUCACAUUGGAAUGGGACAUUCCGUGGAUUUUAAACGGCGUUCUAAAAUCGUUCAUUGUGAACACUGAAGAAAUUACAGCUUUAGACAUGGAAACCUGUUGUGCCAGCCUUCCUGCUGUAUACAUAAAUGUAACGCACGAGAUUCCAACUUAUAACUGCACGUUAACCGACUUAAAACCAGGCUCUACGUACUCGAUUGGGGUAUUAUCAAAGACUUCCUGGUACGGACAAGCAAAACGAAUUUUUGUGACUACGUUGCCAACUUCUACACCAGAAACAGUGACUAAAAUAUUAGUUUAGUAAAAAUUGUUGUAUGUUCUUUAAAAUUAUUCUCGAGCUAAUUAUAAGUAUCAUUAUAAUACAAAUUAAUAUCAAUAAGAGGUGGCAAAAGCGAACGUGUAUUUGAACCAGAAUGAAAAAUUGUACAUACGUACUAAUAAUUAAUUAAAGUUUUUGUUUUUAAUUAAAAUAAAUAAAACAUUUUUCGACAAAAUAAUCUAGUUCAUUACUUUAGCUUUGAAUUUAAAAUUUAAAUACAAAAUUAUAAACCAGUAUAUUGCGUCCGUUGCUUUAACUAUUAUUUUAUAAACUUAGACACAAUAAGUUCCACAAAUUUGUGAUUUUCUUGUUUCUCGAUUGUUUUUUAGCAUGGGACAUUAGUCGUCGCCGUCAUGCAAACGUUUGGCUAGAAUAUAAUAUAGGUACCUAACUAAGACUAUACCUACUAUCAUCAUAAAUCGCAAGAUUAUAGAUCAGAAACAAUCACUAUUCAGGAGCCAGCAGGCUAAAGCAUGUCCUAUGUUUUAUCAUUUUAGCCGUUAGGAUUUAA